CCCGAUUCAGUCCCUCAACUUUCAUUUUUGGACUAAAACUACCCUCAAACUUCAAAAAGUACUAAAAAAAUCUUUAAACUUCAAUUUUUGGGACCAAUUUUGUCCUUCCAUUCUUCAUCAACAUUUCAACCUAUUUUUAGUCCAGUUGCUGCUACAGUCUCUGCUCUCUCAACACUAUUCCGCUUUUCUUUUGCAGAGUUUAAUUCUGCUAGCCGUCUUUCUGAGUCUCUAAGCAUAAUGGCUGAACACGUCCUCAACUUCGUCACCCCAAUCAUAGAGAAAGCAGUUUCUGAAGCAAUUUCACUUGCUGCUGCACAAAUCAGCAUGGCAUGGGGUCUGGAGAAGGAGCUGGGGGAGCUCGCUCAAACACUAACUAUGAUCCAAGGAUUGCUUCAAGAUGCUGAAGGGAGGCAAGAAAGCAAUCCAGCCAUAAGGAAUUGGUUACAGCAGCUCAGAGAUGUAGCUUAUGAUGCAGUGGAUGUACUGGAUGAGUAUGGUUAUGAGGUUCUUAAGCACAAAGUUCAGACUCAAGGCGGAAAGAGGAAACAGGUGCACACCUUCUUUGGUCUUUUCAAUCGCACUGCCUUUCGUCUUAGCAUGGCUGAUAAGAUUAGGAAGAUUAAUGAGUCUCUGGUUAGAAUCAAAGACAAUGGGGUUUUGGUUUUGCUGAUCAGAUCUAGUGACCAAAGUCAUUCCGCUGCUGGUGCAAGGCAAUAUCCUAAGACAGAUUCCAUCCCUGAUUGUUUAACAUUUGUAGGAAGGCAUAAUGAUGUCUUAGAAAUUGUCAACAAGCUGGAUAACAUAAGGAGUCAACAUAUCCUUUCUGGCAUUUCAAUAGUAGGCUUUGGGGGCAUAGGCAAGACAACAUUAGCAAAAUCAAUAUGCAGUACGGUAAAAGAACAAAAGUUGUAUGAUCUGGUGGCUUGGGUUUGUGUGUCCGAGGAAUUUGAUGAAAAAACAAUAUUAGGAGAUAUGUUAGAAUACCUUGAUGGCUAUGUUGGUCGAAUGAAUAAUAUUGAUGCACUUAUUCAAAAGCUUGGGCAGAAGUUAGAAAAUAGAAAAUUUCUUUUAGUUCUUGAUGAUGUGUGGAAUGAUGAUAGAGACAAGUGGGAUAGUUUCAUCUCUCGUUUGUUAAAAGUUUUAAAAACCAGUGGAAACUCCAUUCUUGUGACUUCUCGUAGUGAUAAGGUAGCAUCCAUAAUGGAGGCACUUCCAAUGCAAAAACAUGAUAUUGUAAAGUUAUCAGAUCAUGAAUGUUGGUUGAUAAUUGAGGGCAUAGUUCUCAGAUCAUCAACAGAAACUUCAAUACCUUUGGAUUUAGAAGUUAUUGGACAAGAAAUUGCCAAAAAAUGUGGGGGGUUGCCAUUAGUUGCAAGUGUAAUUGGAGGAACAUUAAGUCGUGAAAUGAAGACAGAUAAGUGGCAAGAGAUCCUAGAUGAUGAAGCAUGGAUUUUGCAAGAUGAAAAUAAGAAGAUUUUAUCUAUACUGAAAAUGAGUUUCGAUCGUUUGCCUUCAACCUUAAAAAAGUGCUUCUCUUAUUGUUCAAUUUUUCCAAAGGAUGCUGUCAUUUUAAAAGAUGAUUUAAUUCAACUCUGGAUGGCUCAAGGGUUUGUUCACAGGUCUAGUGAAAGGCUUGUGGAAUUGGAGGAUAUUGGUGAGGAGUAUUUCAAUGAGUUGUUAUCUAAUGCUUUAUUCCAAGAUAUUAAAUGGGAUUUGUAUGGGAAUAUUAUAUCUUGCAAAAUGCAUGAUCUGGUGCACGAUCUUGCAUUACUUGUUUCAAAAGGUGAGACCUUGAUUUGGGAUACUAGUUGCAACAUUGUUGACCAGAAUUUUAGUACCAUUCGACAUUUAAGAGUCAAGUCUGAUGGAAAGCAUCUUCCAACCAUUCCAAAAGUUAUUGCUCAAAGAAUGGAAAAUGUUAGAAGAAUGGGUCACAAGCUUCAGCCCGGUGGAGCAGAAUCGUUCAGAUUGUUCCCAGCUUUGAAAACACUCACCGUGCAUCGCAUGAAAAGGCUAGAGGAAUGGGUUGAAGUUGUUGAGGAUGCAGCUGCAGGGAGCCAAGGUGUGAUUGUGUUUCCUUGCCUUGAGAAGUUGCUGAUUUCUAAAUGUCCUUUGUUGAAGACUUGGUCAAUGGGUGGAUUUCCAUCUCAUCACAAGCUCUCUGAGCUGCUGAUAGAAAACUGUUCGAAUUUGACGACUAUCCCUGAUUUAGAUGGGCUCUCAGCUCUUGAAAAAUUACAGUUAUUGUCCUGCCAUGGAUUAACAAGUCUACCAAUCGGGCUUGGAUCCUGCAUCUCUCUUCAGUUGUUGGAAAUUAGAGGAUGCCAAAAUCUGAACUCCAUUCCAAGUAUAAAUAGGCUCACAUCUCUUGAAAGACUCAACCUUUUUCGUUGCAAUGGAUUAAUGUGUCUUCCAAUUGGGCUGGACUCUUGCAUUUCUGUUCAGCGGUUGGGAAUUGACAGUUGCCCUAAUUUAAUUUCCAUUCCAAAAGAUAUCGGUAAAUUGCAUUCUCUCAAUGUUCUUAGUAUUAUGGAUUGCAAAAAUCUAAGGAGCAUUCCAGGGGAGUGGCUAGCUAGCCUCACCUGCUUGAAGGGGUUACACCUUGGUCCUUUCUGGUCGGAGUUGGAGGAUUUUCCUGGACUAACUUCCAUUCAUCAACUCCACGGUUCCCUUGAACAAUUGGCAUUGUAUGGAUGGGAUAAACUAGAGUCUCUACCACAUCAGCUUCAACAUCUCACUACCCUCAAGGAAUUGAGGUUAUGGGACUUCAAUGGCCUGGAAGCUUUGCCAGAGUGGUUGGGAGACCUCUCUUCUCUUCACAGGCUCGAUAUUCGGAACUGCUCUAAUUUGACUCGUCUGCCGCAUCAGCUUCGACAUCUCACUGCCCUCAAGGAACUGGGCUUAUCAGACCUUAAUGGCUUGGAAGCUUUGCCAGAGUCGUUGGGAGACCUCUCUUCUCUUCACAGGCUGGAGAUAUGCAAUUGCUCUAAUUUGACUCAUUUGCCUUCUAUUGAAGCCAUGCGAUGCCUCUCCAUCUUAAAAUAUCUUGGCAUUUGGGAUUGUCCCAAAUUGAAGAAAAGAUGUGCCAAAAAGAGGGGCCCCGAAUGGUCUAAGAUCUCCCAUAUUCCCAAUAUCAGAAUCCAUUACAAGGAUGUGCAAGGGGAAUUCAAAUAUUCCCAGCGUAUGUUUAAUUUCUAGAACCUUAAUCCCUUCAUUCCACAUCAUUUAUGUACACCCUAAUCAGAAAUUUUCUUU